UGCGUGAUUUGUGGUGCAAAUGGAGAAUUACACCUUGAGAACGUAGGUUUUUGCUUACUUCAAAUUCAUUAAGCCAGUAGGAAAUACGUCUUUGUGUGCCCUGUUAAUCAGGGUAGUGAUGAGGCUCUCUGCAGUUUGGGUUUAUAACCACUAGAGGGAGCGCGAGUUACAGAGAAAAGCGACCAGUCCAAAAGUUUUGUCUCAUUCAGUGACUAAGAAAGACCAAUUGACUUUCCACAAGGAGGCGAUAUGACAGUUUUUAACUCCUUUGUUUUCCCUCACCUUUGUUUCCUUAUUGUUUUGUUUUCUUUUCUUCAUUAUCCUAUUUUUCCUAGCUUUGAGCCGUUUGACGUUGUCUAAGUGCAGAUAAUGUCCUUUCAUUUGUUUACUGGCUGACAAAUAGGUUUCCAUUGAUGUCUUGCAUUGUAUGAAGUCGUGCAUUUUUAUGUUCUUGUUUAAUUCAAUGUAAGUUUCAAUUGGCAAAAAGGGGGGAAAAAAGCACAUGCGAAAAAAAGUUUAGCAUAUGUUACUCCGGACCAAACAACGUGAAUAGGCUAAACAGCUUUGGGUAGUGUUAUGUUUUGAAUCUGUGUUCCUCGGUGGGUUUGAGCAUGCUCAGUCAGCUUGUUUUCGACUAAGAACCUGGAGCCAUCAAUCAUCCGACAGGGCCCGCCCCGCUCCGCACGUCCACCCCCAGGCCGAGCUGCUGAUUAGCUCUCUCCCUGGUGACUUACAUAAUAAUUUCGGAAGCCCCGCCCCCUGUUUUCGGCGUUAAAGGUAGUCUAGAGCCAUGAAGCCCUUCAGUUAUUGUUGUGAACUGGAGGUGACGCAGACCACUCCCCAGCACUUCAACCGCGCUCCUCUCACCGACCCUGACUCGAACAAGCGACUUUGAGCUUUCGUUGUGAGAACUUGCGAGGAGCGAUAAUGAUUUUCGACAAGGUGAAAAAGUUUGACAUUGUUUUCGACUCGCCCGAAAUCGACUCGCCUCCGGUGUUCAGCAGCGGAGAUGUGGUGUCCGGGAAAGUCGUGCUCGAGCUGUCUGCCGAAAACAAAGUGGAGUCGUUGAAAUUACAUGCAGAAGGUUUUGCAAAAGUCCACUGGACGGAGUCUCGCAGUGCUGGUUCCAGCACGACUUACACUCAGAACUACAGCGACGAAGUGGAGUAUUUGAAUCAAAGAGAGGUGCUUCUGCAGGCAGAUAAUGGGGAACUGACCACCCUUCCUGCUGGUAGACAUGAAUAUCCCUUCAGUUUCCAGCUGCCUGAGGAGACACUUGUGACUUCCUUUGAGGGCAAGCAUGGUAGCAUUCGCUACUGGGUGAAAGUGAAGUUGCAUCGUCCCUGGUGCACAGUGAGGAAAAUCAAGAAAGAGUUUACAGUUAUUGAGCCCAUUGACAUCAACACACCCUCCCUACUUGCACCUCAGGCUGGAACCAAAGAGAAGAUUGCUCGUGCCUGGUACCGAAACUUUGGACAAGUUUCAAUCACUGCAAAGAUUGACCGGAAAGGCUACACACCAGGUGAAGUGAUCCCAGUUUUUGCAGAGUUUGACAACUCAACUUCACGGUCUGUGGUGCCUAAGGCUUGCAUCACUCAAACACAAACCUUUAUUGCAAGGGGCACCAUGAAGCAGAAGCAAUCUGUUGUAGCCACACUGAGUGGAGAUGUAGUGGGAGCACGACGCAGAGAGACCUGGCAUGGCCGAGCCAUCAAAAUCCCUCCUGUAGGCCCCUCCAUCCUCCAGUGUCGCAUCAUCAAAGUGGAAUACAUGCUCAGGGUUUGUGUGGAUGUUCCUGGGACCUCUAAGCUGUGUCUGGAGCUUCCACUGGUCAUGGGAACUAUCCCACUCCAUCCUUUUGGCAGCCGCACCUCCAGUGUCAGCAGCCACUACAGUCUCAACAUGGAGUGGCUCCGCAUGGCCAUCCCUGAGCAGCCUGAGCCUCCUCCUGAAUACAGCUCAAUUGUGACUGAGGAGGAGGCCAUCCAGAAUUCUCCAGCUGCUCGGCAGGAGGAGGACCUCAGUGGGGUGCUAGAGCGAUCUUUCAUGGCCUAUGUGCAGGAAUUCAGAUUCAGGCCACCUCCUGUGUACAGCGAGGUGGACCCAAACCCUCAGCCAUUCAAUAUGAGACCUCGCUGCAUGACAUGUUGAACACCAUUGCAUCUGAGCAUCAAUUGAUGAUUGAAAUGAAGCAGAGAAUUGCUUUCUCCUGGAUGCCCUGGAAUCUCUGAGACUGGUACCCAUUUCUUGGAAGCUGCCUCAUCACUCGAGGAUCUUCGGUACCACUGAGAAGGGGGCAGAGAAGGAGGAAAAGAUUGGACUAAGUGGCUGGAUGGACUCCUUUCAAGUCCUUUAAAGAGAGAAAAGGACAUGAUGAAAGGUGGUUGGAUUUUCUGGUCAUGUAAACGUCCUUAAUCUGUCUGUAAGAAGACUCUGGUCAGUGCUUGCCAAUGAUUGUCAACUUAUGAAGCUUAUGUUUGGUGGAAUUGGAGGAAAAUGUCUUUUGGAGAAGGCUAAACCAAAAAAACAUGAAACAUUUGGUGUCUAACCAUGUAGGUGAAAUGGUUAGGUGGCUUUUUCUGUAUUUAAAGUGGGGCUUGUAAUUUUAAAUGUUAAACCAUCAGUGGUAGCCAGAAUGUUUCCAAAGUGCAUUGCUUCCCCAUUUUAUUUCCACCAUCAAGGAAAUAAUGUUGAUCUAAGCUCUCAUGUGGGCUUAGCUGUAUGCAGGUGUGAUGGAGUCUAAUGUGCAGGUUUAGGCCUGCUAUGAAAUGCACGGGUAAUACUGGGCAUAAGGGGGGGGAAAAAAGUUAAGCUUCGUGCCAAGGAGAUUUGUCAGAUGUUGCAUGAGAAUCAUUGAGGCAGAAACUUUGUGGGUUUUUUUUUUUUUUUUUUUUUUUUUUUUUUUCUUUU